AAGUCCAUCUCAUUCAUCCCAGUGUCUUUGCUUCAUCAAGACAAAGGUGGUGCAUAGCCUUCAUAAAAAUGUCAACUGCGGAGUCCACCUCUCCGGGUCGCGUGGAAGAAAACCGUAAAAAGCUCCAAGAAAAAUGUCUCAGAAUCAUCUCCCCCGUGUCUCCUGCUAGGCUUUACUGCUGCUAUGCAGUGAUCAUCGUCCUCACUGCAGCUGUGAUUGCACUUUCUGUGGCUCUGUCAUUGUCAGCAGGAAAGACAGAACAGAUCUCACGUAACAAUACCUAUGCUCUUUGCCCAAGAAACUGGAUUGGAUUUGGAAAUAAAUGUUUUUAUUUUUCUGAAGACAUGGAAAACUGGACAUUCAGUCAGAACUACUGCAGGGCACUAGGGGCUCAACUAGCUCGAUUUGACAACCAAGAGGAGCUGAAUUUCCUGAAGAGAUACAAGGGACCAUUUGACCACUGGAUCAGCCUGCACAGAGAGUCAUCACAUCACCCUUGGAUGUGGACAGACAACACCGAAUAUAACAACUUGGUUCCCACCCGAGGAGAAGGAGAUCAUGCCUACCUGAGUGACAGAGGGAUCAGCAGUGGCAGGAACAACAUACAUAGGAAGUGGAUUUGUAGCAUGCCCAACAGCUACACUUUACAGUGUCCAGAAGUUUCACAGCUUGUAUAGAGAAUGUGUCAAAGUCAUCACGAGAGAUCUGUAGCAUGUUAUCUACAGUUACAGCUUCAUUUAUUCAUCUUUUAAAAUGUUGUAAAAGGAGCCGGCUGUGUCCUGCUGCCCCGCGAGCUUAACCCCUGUAAUAACCACACAGAAAUUGUAUUAAUUAAAUUACUG